GCGGCUGUAACGGCCGGUGCCGUAAAGCGAGGCGCAGGCGGCGCGACAGGCGGGAAGGUCCCCUUCCCGCGUGCCCUGGCUGGCCGGCCCCGACCGAAGAUGGCGGCGGGCGAGGUGAAGUCGGUGCUCUUCGUGUGCCUGGGAAACAUUUGUCGCUCUCCAAUAGCUGAAGCAGUUUUUAGAAAACUUGUAACUGAUGAAAAAGUUGAAAAUAAGUGGAUGACAGACAGUGCUGCUGUUUCAGACUGGAACGUGGGGCGCUCCCCAGAUGCAAGGGCUUUAAGCUGUCUAAGAAAUCAUGGCAUUGAGACAGCACACAAAGCACGGCAGGUUACUAAAGAUGAUUUCCAGUCUUUUGAUUAUAUACUUUGUAUGGAUGAGAGCAAUCUAAGAGAUCUGAAAAGGAAAAGCAAUCAAGUUAAAGACUGCAAGGCCAAAAUUGAACUACUUGGAGCUUAUGAUCCACAGAAACAACUUAUCAUUGAAGAUCCAUACUACGGGAAUGAAAAGGACUUUGAAACUGUUUACGAGCAGUGUGUUAGAUGCUGUAAAGCAUUUUUGGAGAAGUCUCAUUAAUGCUUCAUCAUUUUAUUUCUAAAAGAAAAUAAUUAGCUUCUCCUGAAAUAUGUAAAGUUUACUUGAUUGAUGUAUUUAAAUUGUAAAAUUACAUCUCAGUAGGUUCAAAACUUUUUCAGUUUAAUUCUAUAUUUUAGCUUUUCUGUCAUCUAAUUAAAAAAUAUAGCAAAGUUUUAAUUGGAUUAGAUGAUCAACCAUUUUGUCACACUUCAGUGUAAUAAUGAAGUAUAUCACUCAGAAUAAAUUUAUCUGUAAACUCUUCCAGUGCUUUCUCACAAGCACUGCAAAAGUAACAUCUUGCUUCUUCAUGUGCUAUACUAACUAAACUGAGGUCUUCUUACUGUGCCCUUAGUGAGUUCAUUUAAAUCAACUUUCUAUGGGAGUCUGCGAGGUAAUAGUUCAUGUAUGAUAAGUUAGGCCUGUCAUCCUAGUAUCAUUAGACAGCCUUUGGGCUGAAGCUGUUUCACACUGAGCCUACUAGACUAAAAAACUGCCUGCCCCCAGAGAGACAUUGCUCGUAGCACUAUUUCAAAGCUUAAGCAAGCAAAACCACUGUGUGUGUCAUCAGGAUCCUGUGAAAAUGUUUUUUUAUAUCAGUUUAAAUGCUCAGUUAUUCAAAGAAGAAAUAAUUUUUGUUCUAUUACAUUUUUACACUAAUUAAGAUGAACUCAGUUCAGAAAUAGUGAUUGAUGUUAAUAGGACUUCCUUGGCUAGUCUUCCUUUGGUCUUGUGGUCAAUUCCUAGCACACUGAUACAAGUACGUGUAACAGUAUUUACUUUGAGGACAAAAAAGGUCAUCUUAAAAGCCUAAAUGUGAAAUGUACAUUUUGUAUCUCAUAGUAGUAAAAUACUCAAAUCAAUGCAAUAUAAUCAAUGAGAAAUUUGCUAUAAUCCCAGUUCCUAUGUAGGUGUCGGACAAUAUUUUCAGAUUUACUCAGGAGAAUGGAUAGCCUGUCAACAGUGUUCUCUGAGAGUAUAGUUCAACCUGAAGACAGUCCAUCUGUAACAUAAUACAAAGUUAACAGAAGGCCAGUAAGUAGAAAGUUCUGCUCUUGGACAAAAGUUGAAUGCUUUGUAAAAAUUCAUGCCUGUUUGUCCGAACAUCACCUUUCCUUUCUGCCUUAGAAAUGUAAACGUACUGAGAUCAGUAAUGUAACUGAUAUUCUUAUUUUUAAUAAUACCAACAUUGGUAUGAAUUAGCAUUACCACAUUAUUUGUAAAACUGGAUCUGUAAAACUUGCUUUCUCAUUUAUUUAGCCUUGUUUUUUUCCCUGUCUGCCUUCCAAACUAGUAGAGUAGUCUGUAUUUGUCACCUGCUCUCCCUUCUGGGAGAGGGAUGCAUUUCAAUAGAGGACCCUGUCAUUCCUGGGGAAGGAGGAAUCCUGGUGUCACUCUGCGUGUGCUGCAGCCUGCACAAUGGGGAUUAAGUUUCCUGGGACUCUUGCUGUAGAACAGCUGUGUUUGUGUUAGUGAGGUUUCUGUUUUGUGCUAAAAUUUCAGACAUAAAACUUAAGAACCUACUUAGAAAAAGGCAAGGGGUAGAUGGAACACUUAAAUACAGAAAUUGGGUUCUUUGUGCAUUAUUGCAUUACCAAUAGUUUUGAUUUUUAAAGAACAAGCUAGGAAUUUGCAAGUUAAUAGCUGUUUUACUUCAGGGACAAAGAGUAAUAUAUAUAUUUCAGGUCAGAUCAAGCACUGACUCUGGAAAAAAUUAUUUUCCACUUAUGAAUGCUUUGACAAAAUAAAUGAGGGAAAAUGAUGGGCAGUUAGGGACAAACAAUCUUAAAUGUGGUUUUAUGCACUAACCUCAGAAGUGGAAGUAUUUAGGCGUAAUCUAAUGUUACUCUCUGCCAGAAUGACCAUGUAAGAUAUUCCACUGAAAGUAAAAUAACUCCGAAGAUUGAGAACAUGAUGGUUGGUGCUUUCCCAUUCAUGGCUGAGUAGGAAUUGAACCUAUAGUUCCCUGCAUAUUAAAGCUAAGAUUUAAAAGUCUUAAAUCUUUACCUUUGAGCUGCUGGGGUAACAGAAGAGGAGAUAAAAGGGUAUGGUUGUUUACCUUCACUAGGCUUAGGAAUCUUCCUGUAAAGUGAUACUAAGUCAAAACUAUUUGUGUUAAAUUCAGUUCAGAUUUAAAAGUUUCAGCCUUGAGGUAUAUUUUCAGCAAGUAAUCUAUUGGCUAAAUAAUUCACUAGCUGUAUUAGGAGGAAAAACCUGAUUGAUUGAUUUGAUUUUAUCUUUAGUGGGUUUCUUUUGGAGGAAGAGAAGGAGAGCACCAUGGUAUUUUAGAAGAAUUUGUAGAAUACAAGAAUACAGAACAGGAAUUGCUUUCAGGAAGGACAGUUGUACAGUACCGUUAUUUGGGUUCCAACAGAAACAGUGAACAUAAGAUUAAUACACAAAUUGUGGAUUGUACAGAUGACUAAGCUCUUACGGGUUUAAAAUACCACUCAUGAAAAAUGUAAUGUUGAAUGAAAAAAUACAGACCUGAUUCCUCCUCCUUCCCCCUCUCCCCCACCACGGCUUGUUUUAAUUUAGGUAGUAAGCAUAUACCUAAGACUAAAUUAAAAAAAAUCUUUUAUAGUAUAGUUGUAUCUUCUGUCAAAGCAUGCUGACUUCUGCUAAAUCUAGAGAAAACUUACAUGGGAUUAAAUUAUUAAUACUCAUUUAUCAAGCCAUUAAAUAAAUUACUUUUUUCCUUUUACAAGGAAUUUUUUCUGGAAAGUUUUUAUUUAGCCAGAUUUCAGGUGUUCUACUACAAAAAGAAAGAUUUAUGCUAAUUUAAACUCCCAUGUUAAGUAAUAUGCUGUGAUCUGAUGUCAGCCAGUGGAACCACAGAGAAGCACAGAGUUCCAUGCACAUGUUUACUGCAGAUUAAGCAGCUAAGUGAAUCUUGUAGCAGUAGAUCCCUUUAACUACCAGAUUUUCGGUAUGCAUGUAUUACUUCCAUUGAGAAAUGAAACUUUAGCAUUUAGUCAUCACUGAAAGCAAAUAAAAAAUAUGUACUUCUCCCUUACUAAAUACAGCCAAGUUCUAGGAUGGGAUUUUGUACUUCUGCCAUUUUUUUUAUUUUUUCUUCUAAAGAGCUAGAUGCUGAUGGCUCUUAAGUGUAUUUCAAGAAUCCCAGCUCCUAGCUAUUUCUCAGGGUAGGGAGGGGUGUGUUUGGUUUUGUUUUUACAUUUUGUGGUUUGAAUUGAGGAUAAAAUGGAAGCUAAAUGCCUGUAUUAAAAUAAAAGUACCUGAGGUUCAUCUAUAAAUGACACAUAAAAAUUUUCUUCCUUUUUGAGCCAUUUUAUUAUGACAACUGGAUUUAAUAUCUGAUUUAAGGAAGAAAGGGAGAUGUGUAUCAAGGCUUCUUGAGUAAGUGUUCACUGACUCCUUAAAAAUUUUACAUUACUAAAAUGAUUUAUUGGACAUAUACUGAUUAUAUUGCCUUGCAGUAUCAUGAAUAGACUGGAGAUUUAAAAAACAAACAAACAAACGAAAACCCAACCAAACAAAACCCAAACAAAAAAAUCAAAACAACUGUUUGUCAUAAAAAAAGAUUCAAAUUUAUAAUGCUGUAGAGAAUUGGAGUAGCCUUGUGGUCUGGGCAUUUUGCGAGACUGGCACACACAGAUCUGUCCGUCCUCACAAAUCCACAGAGAGCAUCCAAAUUACUGGACUUCUCUGAGGUGGGUGUACCUUUCUUUCUUACUCUAGUGAAGUCUUACUGGAAAGAGGCUUAAGUGUGGAUAAGUGAUAGUAGCUACUGGAAGAUAGCUUGUUUAUCUGUAUUCAGUGAACAGAAAGCAAACUGAGAACAACUUAAUACCAAACACUUUAUUACUUAUGCUUGUUAUUUACAGUAUUUACAUAUUGCACGUUUGCUGGAAUGUUUUAUACAUUUAUUAUAUAAAGAAAAUUAAUGGCAGCUUGUGUUUGUGUACAAAAUCCAUGCUCCACAGUCCCAAAAAAUAUGUCUACUUGGAAUUACGUUCCUGUUUGUCAUGCAAUUUGUACUCCUAGGGUACAAUGUGACCCCAAUGCAAGUCUGUUUUAACCAAACUUUUAAAAAAUUGCAUAAGCAUGAAGGAUAUCAAGUGACCACAACUACUGUGGAGCAGAUCUUUAGUAGUUCUAGAUAUACAAACAAACAUUCCUUAAAAUUGUAGAAUUAAGCAAUAGAACAUCAAUUUUCUUGGUGAAAUAUUUGUGUAUACAUAAUUUUUGGCAGCAUUACACAUCAGUUGUAAAGUGUGUUUUUAAGUAUGGAGCAUUAAGUACUACUGGCAGUUAUGCUACUGUAAAGAAUGUCAAUCUGCAAACUGUUGACGACAUACAAAACGCAUGUUAAAAGAAUUAUGGGAAGUAGUCUGUCAAUCUGCAAAAAUAAAUCUCUUGUUCACAAUGGAAUAUGUUAUAAAGGUAGUAAGUUCUAUUUCCCUGUUGGUUUCCAAGGCACUUCUCUUGGUUCUUGGUGUUUCUUUUCAUGGUAGUAAUCUGGUGGAUAAAAAGAAAGAAGAAGAUUGCCUUUCAUCAUUUUUAUACUCACAUACAUGUGUUUAAGAAUGCAUUUGUCUCAUUGAAAAUAGUAAAUAAAACCAGAGAAUUUAGUAAUAA